CGGACCAACUUAAGGAUAUGUUUUCAAGUAAGAGAAUAGUUACAGCUUAUGGAAGGCCAAAGAAUUUGAAGGAAAUUUUAGCUCCUUCUAAAUUAAGAGAAAAUAUGGCAAUAAGCACUAGCAAUAGUUCUAUUGAUAGGGUAGGUUGUUUUAAGUGUAAUAGUGGGCGCUGUGACUUAUGUAAGAAUUACUUACAAGGCUCAGCCAAAUUUACUAGUUUUGCAACAAAAAGAUUUUAUCAUAUAAAGCAAGAAUUAAGUUACAAAAAGACUUGUGAGGUUGCAAUUCAUUUCAAUAGUAAACCACAUAAGCUUAGUGAUUUUAGCUUUUUAGUGAUCGAAUCUUUGUAUAAUUUAUAUAAUAUAGAGCGUAAUUUGCUUAAUAGAGAAGCUUACUGGUGUCAUCAGCUAUUUACUUUUCAACCUUUCGGUCUUAACAAGCGUUUAGAAUCAAAUUCUGCUCAUAGGAUAAAUUACUCUUAAAGUAAUUCUACAAGAUUUAAUUUUGUUGUUAUA